UGUACGAAUAGACAUGGAGAUGAAGGACAGCUUUCAGGAGUUGGUUUUCUCUCUUUCUACCAUGUAGCUCCUAGGAAUUGGGACUCGAACAUAAGGCCUUAUAGCAAGUACAUUUAUCUGUUGUACCCUCUUGCUUAGGGCCUGUUAACUAGUUUCUUUUACACAUAUCCAACCAGAUUUUUUUUUUUCAGUAGUGGUUGGGAUUGAACCUAGGGCCGAGACAUACUGAGCAAGCACUCUGUUACAGGCUGCAUCUCCAACUCUCUUGUUUUUACAUAGUUGAGGCUGGUGUUGAAUUCCUGAUCUCUGCCUGUACUUCCUGAGUGCUGGAAUUACAGGUGUGUGCCACCAUGCUUAGCUUACUUUUUUUUUAUUUUGAGAUAAGGUUUGUUUGUGUGUUUUUUGUUUUUUUUUUCCUCACAGACUGGCUUUGAAUUUGUAAUCUCCUAUCUCAGCCUCUGGGAUUACAAGUCUGUGCCACCAGGCCGAGCUCACAGUGUCUAGUUCUUUAGAUUAUAUUUAUAGAGGGGUGGGAGUAUGUAAAUACCAUGGCCUGUGAGGGUCAGGUUGGUUCUUUCACUGUGGAGGUCUCAGGAAUGGACUCAGGUCAUCAGCCUUGGCAACAAACACCUUUAUUCUCUGAGCCAUCUCUUUAGCCCCUGGAUUUCUAUGUACGAGUAGAAGUGAAUAGAGGUUUAUUUUCAUGAUUACUUUUUUGGCACAGAAGGCUUUUUGCUAUUCUGUGUUUCAGUAAAGUUUAGUGUGCUUUGAGUCACUAGCUUACUUAAAUUCCUAUUGAUGUGGAUGGGGGAAGUUUGCAGGCUUCUAAUUUUAGGGUGUGUGUGUGUGUGUGCAUGUAUUAUAUAUCACAUGUAUGUAUGGAUACAAAAACGUGCACUGAAGUCAGAGGAAGGGCUCAUAUAUUCUGUUCUAUCUCUCUACCUUGUUCCUUUGAGACAGUCUUUCCCUGAACCUGGAGGUAGGCUGGCAGCCAGCAAACGUAGUGAUCCUCCUGUCUCCACCUUCCAGGCUCCUGUGUGAUGCCUGGCGGUUUGUGCUAGGAUGCUAAGGCUGGUCCUCACGCUUACACAGCAAAUGUUCUCACCUCCUUAGCCACCUUAGACACAAAUGCUCUGUUCCUUACACAGAGCUGUAGUGACUUUGUCACUAAGUCACUUUUGAUAGGUGAGAAUACAUCGGAAAUGUAAAUCCCUAGAUUAGGAACUAAUCUAAGCGCCUAUGAUCACAAGCAUAACUAAGACAACCAGAACCUUUAACCUGUGUUACUGGGCAGCUACACAUCCUUUCCUGGGGGUACCUGGCAAGGGAGGUGAGUUGGCAAAGCAGCUACAUUCAUUCUCUUUCUCUGAAGUACUUGUUGAAAGCCAGGUAUUACACCAUAAGAAUGCACAGUCCCUGCCUUAGGAAGGUUAGUAAGGGGAAGAACUGUUGCCCACAUAACUUCUGUCAUAAAGUCUGACUUCAUAUACUUUGAUUUAUGCCUUUUCUAGAGAAUUCUUGAAAAAACUUGGAUAGACUCAUUCUCCUGCAGUGAGCUGUUUCCCCUAAAUCACCCUUACAUGGGAGGAUAGAGGCAAGAGGUCGAAGCAGCACUUAGGAGGGUUUCUUGGUGUAGUCCAAGCUAUCCUUGAACUCACCCUGUAGACCAGGCUGGCCUGGAACUCAAGAGAUUCACCUGCCUCUGUCUUCUGAGUUCUGGGAUUAGAGGUGUGCACCAGCACCAGCCAGCUCAUGCAGAUUUCUUGACGAUUGCAUCUUUUGAGAGGAAGUGGCAGUCAGUGUAUAAAUGUUAUUCAUUCCAGAAGGUGCUUCCUGGAGGGGCCUGCCCCACUGUUCCUGUGCUGAGUUCCAGGACAGCCUCAACUUCAGCUACCACCCCUCAGGCCUAAGCCUGCACCUCAGACCGCCCAGUCGGGGGAACUCCCCCCAGGAGCAGCCCCUCUCCCAAGUCCUGAGCCCUGAGCCCCCAGACCCAGAGAAGCUUCCUGUGCCCCCUGCCCCUCCAUCCAAGAGGCACUGCCGCUCACUCUCGGUGCCUGUGGACCUGUCUCGCUGGCAGCCAGUGUGGCGGCCUGCCCCCUCCAAGCUGUGGACUCCUAUCAAGCACCGGGGCAAUGCUGGAGGGGGUGGGCCGCAGGUGCCUCACCAGAGUCCCCCCAGGCGGGUCUCCAGCCUCAGGUUCCUCCAAGCUCCCAGUGCCUCUUCUCAGUGUGCCCCAGCCCACAGACCCUACAGCCCUCCUUUCUUCAGCCUGGCCCUGGCCCAAGAGUCUUCUCAACCCUGCGCCGCCUCCCCUCAGAGCGGUUCUUGGGAGAGCGAUGCCGAGUCCCUGUCACCCUGCCCACCACAGCGCCGCUUCUCCCUGUCACCCAGCCUGGGCCCACAGGCAAGCCGCUUCCUGCCCUCUGCCCGGAGCUCCCCUGCAUCUUCCCCAGAGCUGCCCUGGAGACCCCGAGGUCUCCGCAACCUUCCCCGAAGCCGCUCUCAGCCUUGCGAUCUGGAUGCCCGCAAAACUGGUGUCAAGCGGCGUCAUGAAGAGGACUCCCGGCGCCUGCGGCCUUCCUUGGACUUUGACAAGAUGAAUCAGAAACCAUACUCAGGAGGUCCCUGUCUCCAAGCAACAGCUCGAGAAGGCAGCAGCGUCUCUCCGCCGUGGUUCAUGGCCUGUAGCCCCCCACCUCUCUCUGCUUCUUGCAGUCCUGUUGAGGGUUCAUCCCAGGUGCUGAGUGAAAGCGAAGAGGAGGAAGAGGGGUCCGUGCGGUGGGGACGGCAGGCACUGAGCAAGCGGACAUUGUGCCAGCAGGACUUUGGGGACCUGGACCUGAAUCUGAUCGAGGAAAACUAAAACUGAGAGGCUGCUUCCUGGGCCCCACAGACUGACUGUCUAAUGGCUA